AGUAUUUAGGUCAACCAAAAGUCAAGUGACCUUACAAAACCUCUAUUUCUCAACAAAACAAAAAAACCUUCACUUUGUUCACAUCAAAUGCAAAAAUGGAGUCACAAGCGAAUCUAACAUGCCAAAAUCUCCCUACAAUCUUCUCCUCUUUCGUUGACACAUUUGUCGAUUUCUCUGUCAGUGGUGGCCUUUUCUUACCGCCGCCAAUAACCCCAAAACCCCAAAAUCCAUUACAAACAAUCUUCCCUUCUCCUACUCGUUUAAUUGCUAUAGGUGAUAUCCAUGGUGAUUUUCAAAAAUCCAAAGAAUCCUUCAAACUUGCUGGCUUAAUUGAUGAUCAUGAUAAAUGGUGUGGUGGGUCAACAACAGUUGUACAAAUAGGUGAUGUGCUAGACCGUGGUGGAGAAGAGUUGAAAAUUCUUUAUUUUCUUGAAAAACUGAAAAGGGAAGCUGCAAAGGUAAAUGGUAAUUUAAUUACUAUGAAUGGUAAUCAUGAAAUUAUGAAUGUUGAUGGUGAUUUUAGGUAUGUUACUAAAGAGGGUCUUAAAGAAUUUCAAGAUUGGGCUAUGUGGUAUUCUGUAGGGAUUGAUAUGAAAAAAAUUUGUACUGAGUUGGGUGAAAAAGGGUGUGUUAAGGAUCUUUUUGAAGGGAUUCCUUUAGAAUUUCGCGGUGUUAGACCGGAGUAUUUUGAGGGGAUUAGAAUCCGUAUUGCAGCAUUAAGGCCAAAGGGGCCUAUUUCAGAAAGGUUUUUAUCGAAAAAUCAAACAGUUGUUGUGGUUGGUGAUUCCGUGUUUGUACAUGGUGGGCUUUUGCCUAAACAUGUGGAUUAUGGAUUUGAGAAUGUGAAUGAGGAAGUGAGGGAUUGGAUUUGUGGAUUGAAGGGAAGAGUUUCAAGGGAUUUGGUGAGGGGGAAAGAUUCUAUUGUUUGGUUGAGGAGGUUUUCAAAUGAGUUAGCAAAGGAUUGUGAUUGUUCUACUCUUGAACAUGUGCUUGCUACUAUUCCUGGAGCGAAGAGGAUGAUAAUGGGACAUACAAUUCAAGAAAGUGGGAUAAAUGGAGUUUGUGGUAACCAAGCCAUAAGGAUUGAUGUAGGUAUGUCAAAGGGAUGUGCUAAUGGAUUGCCGGAGGUUUUAGAGAUUGAUAGGUAUAAAGGGUUGAGAAUUUUGACAUCGAAUCCGUUGUAUCAAAAUGGAAAGGAAGCUUCUUUGGAUGCUAAACCUAAGGAUGGUCUUGGUUUCCUGCUCCCUGAACUUGGACCAAAGCAAGUCGAGGUGAAGGCAUAAUUGGAUGAUUGAACUCACGAGGAUCUAAUCUUUCUUUUGGAAUUCUUGGGGAUCGUAUUUCUCCGUUGUUGGUAUGAUUCUUCUAUCACUCAUAUACUAGACCAUUGUGGAGUGAUAAGAAAAGCAUUGUUUUAAACUCAUGUAUGGUUCGAUUAUUGUGAAUUAGAUAUAAGCUCAAUUGAAGAAUUGGUUAUGAAAUAUUAGUGAUUACUCAAUUUGCUCUUU